AACUUACCACAUGCGUUGCCCAUAACAUCUACAAACUCGCCCGUGGGACGAAACAGCGCAUCCUCGUCGCAUCAUGAAGCCCGUCAUUGCCGUUCCAGCAAUCGCAGCCCUUGUGCUGAGGGCCUGGAAGAAGAAGUCUCUAACCCCCGCAGGUCUAGUAGCUGCUACAGUCACAGCUAUUGCACACGCCUAUCACCCGUGGAAUCUUCCCUUUGUCCUCCUGGUUGUCUUCUUUUUGGCCGGCACGCGAGUCACGCAUGUCAAGGAAAAUGUCAAGGCCUCUCUCACAGUGAGUGCAAAGGGAACCUCAGGCGGCGAGGGCCCCCGAACACAUGUUCAAGUCUUUGCCAAUUCGCUCGUGGCAUCCAUCUUGUCUGUGCUCCACGCCAGGCAGCUCCACGCUCGAGCUGCUGCCUUCAAGACUCCAGGUGCUCCGGAACCGAAUGGAUCAAUGUGCUACUCAUGGGGAGGCGAUCUCUUCAUCGUCGGUAUCAUUGCCAACUACGCUGCGGUUGCGGCUGACACGUUCAGUUCGGAGCUGGGCAUCCUGUCCAAAAGCGAACCCCGCCUCAUUACGUCGCUUACGCUGCGAAAGGUGCCCCGCGGCACAAAUGGCGGGGUGACGUUGUUGGGUUUAGGAGCUGGACUUCUUGGAUCUCUUACAAUUGUCACGUCUUCUAUGCUAUUCUUGCCAGUCUGCAACGAAUUAACCGUUUCGAAGCGCGGAGGUGGUGACCCCUGGACGGCAGACAACAGGCGGCUAUUUAUGGGUUUCCUGGUCUUGUGGGGUACCCUCGGCAGCGUCUUGGACAGCUUUCUCGGAGCCAUCUUCCAACGUUCCGUGAAGGAUGUGCGGACCGGAAAGAUUGUCGAAGGUGAUGGUGGCUCUCGAGUGCUAGUCUCUAGCGAAGCCGAGGGCUCAGAGAAGCGGGCUGAUAUCAAGGCUUCAUUGCAACACGCAGGGGGUGCGAGUGAAUCCGCUGUUGAUGAGUCAAGUGAAACCACUGACAAGUUCGACCCCAAGAACAAACACCGGAAACCUAGCUUUGGUGACGAGCAGCCCUCUCGUGUAGUCGAAAAUGGCUGGGACUUGCUCGACAACAAUGAUGUCAACUUUCUCAUGGCCGUAACCAUGAGCGUCAGUGGAAUGGCGGUAGCCAGCUGGUACUGGGGGCUUCCUUGGCAGAGCCUUCUGACCCCAUGAGGUGAGCAAGAUGGAAAGGGUUGGCCAUACAAAUUGGCGAUGCGCCUUGUGCUUCCUCUGCUGGGCACAUGGCACUGGGUGUAAUAUCAGAAUGUGUGUAGCACUGAUGAAGACCAGCCAGAUGAGGGUUUUCAUAACCUAAUACAUAUAUUAGAGAUGCCUUGCCUAAUUACUCUCACCAAGAUGAUCUGAAGUACGCCACGAUGCUAAGAGAAAAGGUGAACAAUGAGGAAGAGGAAAUCCAAGUACCUAUGUUUAAUCCUUGCUCAUUGUCCAAGUUUGAGAAUGAAGCCUGCUAGAUGGGUGCACUUGAUUGGCUCGGACACGGCUCGCGACGGUUAUUACAGACGAACAAAGAGCAGGGUCGGUCGGUAAAACGGUAAAAGACGGGUUGUCGCGCAUGUUUAAAUUGAAGAGUGU